AUGGCCGGCUAUCAGAACGGGCAGCCUUACUAUCCGCAGAACAGUCAUCCGUCCUCUUCCCAUAACCCCGCCCAUCCUCCCUAUGGCUCCCAUCCGACCUAUCCCUCCCAAAACAUCCAGCGGACCGCCAGUUUCGAUGCUGGAGACGACCACCGUGUGACUGAUGCCCAAGACGCACAAAUGCGAUAUGGCUCGGGGUAUCAGACAUAUGCCUCAUCCGCUGGUGCUGCGAGUCCUCCCAUGAACCGUUCGCAGUCAGCCAGCUACCACCCGGCAUCCGCAUCGUCUGCCAUUCCUUUCAGGACAAACACCCAGCAUUCGGCGCUCAGUGGCUAUCAGCACCAAUAUCCGCAUCCCUCUCCUCCCUCUCACGCCUCCUACAAUCCUGCUCAAUACCAACAGCAGCAGUCAACAUACAACCCUCAGGCAUAUUCCUCCCCUCAGUCCGCCCACCCGUCCUCCAAUGCGUACCAACCUUACAUCCCGGCUGCAUAUGGCGAUCCCACUCUCGCCCGCCAGCAAACAGUCUAUAAUAACUAUGGUUACAACUAUGAAGCCAAUGCUCAGGCCAAUUACUCCUCCCAACCUCCGCCCCCUCCUGCGCGAGCCGAAACCUACUCUUAUUCGCAACCUCAAACUCAGCAGUAUGGCGCAUAUCAACAUGAUCCCGCCCAACAGUACCCUGUCCGCCAUCCCGGCAGCGUAUCUCCUGGUCAGAGCCAUCAGACCUACUCCCCAUCCCCUCCGCAGCCUCCGCCACACGAGUCAUCUCUGUCCACCCGGCCCUACUCCCGAUCAACAGGCAUUCCCGAAGAAGGUUAUACGUAUACAACCGCGUCAUCCGGCCAAUAUCAAACUGCAGGUUUGGCCACAUAUUCAUCCCCUGAUAUCAAUCGAAAUCCUUCAUUUGCGAGCCGAAUGAGUGGGCGGACCCCCUCUCCCCAGCCUUCCCUAUCAACCCCUCCGAGUAGGCAACCUUCCAACAGAUCUCCCCAGCGGAAUAGCAAUCUGGAUCGUCAUCCCCAAGGGAGAUCACUUCCCGGUGUUCCAUCAGGGUCAGAAUCAGACAACGAUCGGUUGAAUUCACGUGUCCAGAAUGCGAGCUCGCGGAAUACAUUUUCUUCGGGCUAUGACGACCUGAUAGACAGCUUAGAUGCAGCCAUAGGAGGGUCUUCACAGCCGAGCAGUGAUCAGAGAUUUGCUGAUGCCAGGGAUCAAGGGCCAGAUGCACUUUUUCAGCAGCCUUCUCCACAACCUCAGCUUUCGCCAGACGAGAUCCCCACGCACCUUAAUGGCAACAUCGCAUCAACGGGAGAUGCCUAUAUCAAUUAUGGUGCAUUCACAGACGACAGCGAUGCAGAAGCUGCUGCAGGGCUGGCUGCUCUCAACGCCCUGGACGAACAAGAACGUGCUGAAGAUGCACGCAGACGCAGUGGCACUCAGGGCUCUGCUACUCUAUUCCCGAGCCAUUCCACAGAAACAGUCCCCCGUCUGUCUUCUCAGGAGCAAAGCAGCGAUAGCGAUUAUACUGGUUACGACCUAAGUGGAGCUGCUGGCGGAAGCUAUGGACCCGACAUGUCAUACGGCGCGCCCCCUUCUUACAGCAUGCCGACCACCAUGCCUGGAAGCGACCUUUAUGGACGUCUCAAUACUCGGAUGAGCUCCGUUCGGAGUUCAGGCGUAUCAUCUGAAGGACGUGAAUCUCAGACAAGUGGGUUUGAGUCAAUACCCCCUGCGGAGGAUCUGCAUCCUUUCUCUCCCACCCGUAACGUUGCUAGGGUAGAUACCGGUGGCACCGGUGGUCUAACGGAACCCAGUCCUCAUCCUAGGCGACUGAGUUAUGAAGAUGGCGACGAGGCAACGUUGAUGGACUCGGAUACUGGCCAGGCUUCAGGGGACACGAGUCCUUCACGAGAAUCCAUGCCCGACCUUUUCUUCCAUCCUGGAAUGAGUCAGCAACGGCCGCUGCCACCCCCUCCCGCGCAUUCAGACCCCUUGAUACGAACCAUACCCCAUCUUAUGCCGGCCGGCACCUAUACCCAGCAAAGCAGAUUUUCUCAAUAUACUGAUCCGGGUACCCGUCUAUCCUACCCUGCCGCUCCCGACGCCUAUUCUGCGUCCCUUCUGAGCCCCACAGCUGUACCUCGCUCUACAUCUCUAUCGAACGGCAGGAGCGCCCCGAGGGCUGACCAUCCAAUGAGGUCAAAGACCGAAUCGGAUCGUGCGAAGCUGCUCCGGCAACAGGGUCGCCCAAUGUCUGAUAUGUACGAUCUUGCAAGUCCCCAAGCUGCCGUUUCACUGGACCUCCCAGCUAUCCCUAAGAAGCGAUACAAUCCAGCUAAACUCACGACAGAUCAGUUUAAGAAGUGCUCGGAGCCAUGGGCGCUCAGCUCGGUUCUGUCAUGGAUCAGAGAGCUGGCGGAAGAAGAGGUUGACUUGAAGGAGAACAACAUUGCAGAAGGUUUGGUUGCUCUUUUCAUGCAUAAAGUACCCACCAUGUACAUCACUGAGGCCGAGGCACUUGGAGAACGUGUUGUGAAAGAGAUGUUAGCAACAGGAGCAUUGUUGCGUGAAGAGGAAUGGGUGAAGUUUGGUGCAGGUACUAUGUCCGGAGUUCUGUAUCAGCUGACCGGAACGGGUUGUUAUUCAUCGAAGUUGCAUCUGUAUCACACCAAAGGCAGAUGCUAUUCCUACCACUGUAUGAGGACAUUAAAGAAGGUCGAUCUUGAUACUUUGCCAGUUGAAAAGAAGUCCGAGGACUGGGUUACUUUCUAUAAGCUUAAAAAGGAGGAUCUGGAAGGUCACGAUAAAAAGGACAUCGAACGCCAGAAUGUUCUGCAUGAAGUUGUCACGAGCGAGGAUCUUUAUAUCAGUCAAUUGGAUGUUUUGAGAGUCCUGUAUAGAGAUCGACUUUCGGCGUCUCAACCACCCAUUAUACCAAGCAAAAAGCUACCCACCUUCCUGAAAGAGGUAUUUGGAGGAAUCGACAAGGUGAAGAAGGUCAAUCAAGAUUACCUACUUGGGCAACUUAAGUACCGGCAGAGUGAACAAGGACCUUGGAUAGUAGGAUUCAGCGAUAUCUUUCGCGAAUGGAUCCGAAAAGCACGUUCUGUCUAUGUGGAAUAUGCGGCAAACUUCCCUCGAGCGGAUUAUCUCAUGCGACGGGAAGCUGAGCGCAAUCUUCAUUUCAAGACAUUCCUCGACCAAGCUCAGACUGAUGCUCGUUCCAAGAAACUCAGCUGGGACAGUUACCUCAAAAGCCCCAUCACCAGACUUCAAAGGUACAGUCUCCUUCUGCAGACCGUUCAAAAGAAUAUGAUUAAAGACUCAGAGGAGAAAGCUAGCCUUGCUUUUGCUUUGGACGAGAUCCGGGCGGCCACUUUUGAAUGUGAUUCGAAAUAUGCCGAAAUGGGCAAGAAGAUGGAGUUGAUCGAAAUGCAGACCAAGCUACGACUCCGACCACAGAUGGAGAAGGAGGUGGAACUCAACCUCGACCAUCUGGGGCGGGAGAUUGUGUUUCGAGGUGACCUGCAACGUGCCGGUGGAAAGGGUUUCCAAUGGGUCGAAACCCAUGCCAUCCUCUUCGACCACUAUCUUGUGCUUGCAAAGCCCUUAGCACGUGAUCCGCGCAGGGAAGGUUUCUAUGAUGUUUCCAAAGUCCCAAUCCCGAUGGAUUUGCUGGUCUUGGAGGGCGCUCACGAUGCCGCUGUGGUCAAAUCCUCGGUCAAGGGCAUCGGGGCAGUAACAACUGUUGUGCCACGUAGCCAAGCUGACAAUCGGAUGUCACGAGCUCAAUCCACUGCGAGCGGCGAGCGAAUUGGUCCUCUAACACACACAAAUACUAACCUAUCGGUUGGAUCCGGUAGUAACAGCCAAUCCAUGGUUGCCAUCACCACAUUGGAGUCAAGCAAUUCCAAAGAGGAAAAGAUUAUGUAUCCUUUCCGUGUGAAACAUCUCGGCAAGACCGAGACGUACACUCUUUACGCGCCUAGCGCCCAGAAUCGACAAGACUGGUGUGAGGCCAUGAUUCAAGCCAAAACCAGGCAUGCAGAAUCUUUGUUUUCCCAAAAUGCUGAGCCCUUCAAACUCCGAGUCUUGGCCGACACCGCCUUUGGUUACGAAGGGCUUGCAUACCCUGCGAGGCGUAUUCUCAUUCGCGGCACACCUCUAGAUAGAGCCAUUCAAGAGACGGAGAAGAGGUUUGAGGGCCAGGGACGACCAGCGCCGGUUUGUCGAGCUCAAGUCAAUUGUGCCACGGUCUUCAAUCAACCCUACGGCAGGCUCAUGUGUGCCAUCGGAACUGACUACGGCGUUUACAUUUCCGAGUAUCAAAAUUCUCGGGGAUGGGUCAGGGCGAUCCAAAUGCCAAAGGUCUCUCAGAUUUCUGUUUUGGAAGAGUUCAAUCUAUUCUUGCUCAUAUCCGAUAAAGCACUCAUCGCCUAUCAUCUUGACGUAGUCUGUCCGCCUUCAGGGAAUGCCCUCCCACAGGCAGAUGCAUCAAGUCGCAAAGCGCCGCAAAAGCUCUCAGGAUCCAAAGACAUCGGUUUUUUUGUGACUGGAAGGAUGAAAGAGCGGACAUUGGUCUUUUACAAGAAGCGGGAUGGUAUUGCCUCCACAUUCAAAGUCUUGGAGCCGGUAUUACAAAAGAGCACCACGAGUCGCUCGCGCUUCUUGCCAUCGGCAUCGCGACGUGGCCAGACCGAAUUCUUCAGGGAAUACGACGAGUUUUAUAUCCCAGCCGAAUGUUACGGGCUUAAUCUAUACCAAUCAAGCCUGGCGAUAUCUACCGCACGGGGCGUGGAGGUGUUGACGCUGGAAAAGAAACAGACUUGGAGUGUACCAAAUCUGCGCAGUGAUCAACCAGAAACACAGGCACAUCUCAGUUCCAUCGCAACGCGAAUCAAAGAUUUAAAACCACUAGGCAUGUUCCGACUGGGCGAGGCGGAAUUUCUAGUUACCUUUGAGGAAUGUGCCGUCUAUGUCAAUAAGCAUGGCGACAUAUCACGCGGAGUGGUGAUGGAGUUUGUUGGCAAGGCCAAAGCAGCAUGCCUGUAUGCGCAAUAUCUCAUCUUGGUGGACGAUGACUUUGUUGAGAUUCGAGAUUCUCAGAACGGAAGACUCAAGCAGGUGAUUGCAGGCAAAGACAUCAGGCUGUUGGACGACGGUGGUAGUGGAGCGGGUGCAAACCGGGGUACUGGACAAUCGCAGUCACCGGCAGUGCUUGGAGGAGGAAUCAAUGGGCUAGGCCUGAAGACCUUUGGGAAUGCUCCGCGGACACCCAAGAUCGCGCUGCAGCAUCCGGAGUACGAGAAGAGUCAUGUUGUUGUAGAGCUGAUUCUAACAAAGGACGACGAGUGA